AUGAAAAUACGCCGUAUUUCAGACGAGGAGUGGCUAAGAAAUGGCAUUUUGGCGGGGAAUCACGCCAGAAAGAAGAAGGGCACGGGGCUUUAGCUUUUCUUAAACUCCUGCUCGAGCUAGCUACUCGUCUAGCUCUGGUUCUUUCGAAGAAGACCUUGCUUGCUUGAUCCAUUGAAUGAUCAAACAAUUUGGCUUCUCUCCUACAUCUGGUCGCGACCGGCACGCCACCGACGUCAUUGUUGCUAUUGGACCUCUCUUCAUCUUCCAUCUACACUCUGCGUAUCAGGUCUCUCUCUCUCUCUCUAAGCCAUUGAUAUUCUCUCUAAAAUUCUACUUGUGGUUGUGUUGUUCUCUCGCAUCUUUGUAUUUCAGCGCACGAAUCUCUAUCACAUUUCAAGCUUCUUUCUCUGUCCUGGCUCUGUUGAAAGAUUGUAUCUCUCACAAUGUUACAAUGGAUGGGUGGAUCAAAGCGGAAAGUAACAACUUCAAGAAAGUCAACACAAAAGAGGCAAAAGCAAUAUUUUGAGCAAAGAAGACGACAACUACGACAGCAGCAGCAGACAAACGGGCUAGAAAGCUGUUCUGAUGUAAUGAACACAUGCAGUCAAUCUCAAAAAAAUAAUCGAUCACUUGAUAUCCUCAGUUUACUGAACUUGUCAACAGUUGCUGAAGAACGCAAUUCCAGUUUCCACAGUGAAAUGGAAAAUUUGGAUGGCAAUGGUUGGACGGUGAAUUACCACGUUGCAAAUUGUUCACCUCCAGUCCAGAGACUCCAGGCUGAUAGAGUCACUCCUGCAAGUACCACUGAAUUUAAAGAAACAAGAACUCCAUUGAUCUACCAAGAGGAAGUUGCAUGUCCAAAGAUGCUUCACAGGGCUGGUAAUCCUGAUUGUCAUAACAAAGCUUUAAAUGGGAAUGUUGACAAGCUGGAUCAAAGGAUGACUGCUAGAAAGCACCAGCAUUCCAUUCUUGAUUUACUUGGUGAUGAUGUACCAUGCAACAAUUCAGAAGGAGAAAAUGAAGCUCAUGUUGCAUUUUCACUGGAAGGUUUAGGUAAAGUGGAAUCAGAAACACCAGUCCAAUCACCGCAACAGCCUGGCAGAAUCUUUUCGUAUGGUUGCUCCAAGCCAUUGAACGCCACGAGGCAAGCUCUCCCAUCCAAGAACCAUAACAGUAUCCUGGAUGAUCUUGAAGUUGAAAUGGAUGUCAUAAUGCAAGACAUUGACAUGCCCUGUUUUCGCAGUUCUUUGGAGCAACCUUUCUUCUCAAGGGGUAUAACAGAUUCAUUUAGUAAAUCUAUCAAGAAGUUAUCCAACAAAAACAAGUCAUCACAACUCAAUGGCGCUGGAUGUGGAAUGAAUAAUUUUUUCGGUCAUGAAGAAAUCUUGUACAACAGGGAAGACAAAAAUGAUAAUAUAUUGAAUGCUAAGUCUAGAUUCCUAGAUGACGACUUCCUUGACGAGUCAGAGUACGAUUCAUCUUGGAAGAACUGGCCACAUCAAAUUAAUGGCAGAUCUUUAGAUUGUUUGAAUUUUGGAAAACAAGAGAUAUCAGAUUGUGCUUUUGACGGUCCCUAUAUAUCAAACAUUGCUUUUGACAAUCCUUAUAGACAAAAGAAAAGGGUUAGUGAGGAAGUGACUUGCAGAUCCAAUAUCUUAGCGUCACGUGCUACAUAUUCGAAGCACCAAAUGUCAGAAAAUGAUUUUGAUUUCAUAAUUCCAGAUGGGACAUGGUACUCUACAGUAGGAAAAAACUGUGAUGGUAGAGAUGUUACUAACAAACUAGCUUGGUCUUGCUUAAUGGAAGAUGCAAGAGAUAAUAUGAGCAUGCUGAGUGAAGAGUCAUGCUCGUCCAGUGCAGUAAGGGGCAAGGCAUCUGAGAAUCCACCAUCAAACUCAAUGACAAGACAAAACUCGAUAAGGCAUGGAAGUGAUCUUAGGAGCCCGACAAAUAAGUGCGGUGAGAAGAACACAUAUUACAAAGAAGCAUACCGAAAUAAUAUGGACAGUCCUCAGCAAGGGGAGGAUAUCAAUGGACCACAAAAGUUUAGGCAGAUUUCAAAUUCAUCAAGACCGGCCCAUUACUCACACACUAAUUUCCAGAAAGAAUUUGGACCACAUGACAGUUGGUUAUAUGAGGAAGGGUAUAAUUCUGUUGAUAUAAAAUCAGGUUUGAGUUCUUUCUGCCAAACUUCAGACACAAAAAAACGUGCAUCCUCAGGUUGCAAGCUUUCAUCUGAAGAUCUCUUUGGCGCAUUUCCUGUCCCCGAAUUACAUUUUAACGCUCAGUCACCUUUUGGAAGUUCCAAACAUAACAUUUCUGCCGAAUGUUCGCCUUGUGGCAGUUUUUUCUCUGAAAAACAUGCAUUCUGCCAACCAUUUAGUCCUGUGAACUCUAAUGAGACCCCUAUAUUCUCAAACAUUGGGUCCAGGCUGAGCAAGCCAAAUUUGUCUCCAGCCUCCAAUAUUGAAGGUGGAUGUCAAGAUUCAUUUCAUGUUUCUGCUUCUCACACAGAGAGAGAGUUUUCCAAUAUACCAGUGCAGGAAAGUGUUAGAAAAGAUUGGGAAAACAAAUCAGAAAUCCAGCCAACUGAAUGCAGAAAGUUCGAACAACAGAAAGAUAUUUGCACUGGGAGCAACGGCUUGUCGUCAGAAAAUAGAAAGCAAAUGGAUGAUGUGGAUUUUGAAGAGAAUAGCAGUGGUUGUGGGGAAGCAACAGAUAGAACUCCAGAAAUGACGGAGAGUAUAAAAGCAACAUGUUGUCCAGUAGAUGCAGAAGAGACAUCAUCAUCUGUGAAAAUCCCUGACAAAUGUGAGGCCAAUAUUGACAAAAAAAUAAAUCGCAAUGUUGCCCGCACUUCUCUUCCAUGUCAGAAUGGCUGUAGAGAGAUAGAAAACUCUGGGCCUAAAGGAAAGGUAGAUGGCAAAGGACAAAAUAAUAGUGUGGACCCAUCCUACCCCGUGAUGAUGCUUGAAAGCUAUGUUCUUCAACUUCUAUGUGUGCAGAAGGUACUGAAGGAUGCAUCUGCGCAGGACAUUAGUAAGAAGGUUAGAUGAUCCUGUUAGCAGGGGGGAAAAAAACAAAGGACAUGCGUUACUGUUGAGAAGUACACAAAUCUUUGUUUAGAGCAUUCUUUCAUCAACGGUUUAGUGGUAUAAUACAUCAUUUUGGUGGAGAUAAUAAGAUGAGUAGUUGAUCUAUAGUUUUGCAAUAUAAAUGGAAAAAUGAUUACCUUUAUAUUCAUAUAAUGCUGAUCAAUGUAAAUUGUUUCUCAUUUCUAAAAAAAGUUGCAUUACCUUGACCUUUGAGUAGGACGAUGCCCUGUAAUUCUCGGCAUGCAAUAAUCGGAAAUCGCCAAGUUUGCCUUCGAAUCCUGCAACCCAAAAAUAAUUAAUAAAGAAUCCUGCAUGUUCUGAAAGUUGUGAUUAGAGUUGAUAUUUGAUGUUGAAAAAACUUUUUAAAAGGAGGAAAUUGGGCUUUGCUUUUGUUUUAAGGAGAGCUAGGUAGGUUUUAACAGACCUUUCCAAGACCAAUGAAGUAGUGAUGAUCGUGCAUCAAUCCGUGACAUGUAUGAUACUAUAGGAAACAAUUAACACGUAUGAUUUCCGAGCGGUAGUAUUGAUUCUCAUGUCACCAGAAAGAUGACUUCUUUGAGACCACUGAAAUGGGUAGGUCCUUUUUUCUUCUUUUUUUUCAAGGUAAGCAAUGAAGAUCAUUUGGUUGCUUGGAAGACGUGAUAUAGCUGUCAUUGGGUUGGCAGGAUUUCUGGAAACUUUACCUAGUUCAAUACAGUUGUUAUUAAUGGUUCAGAUUAUAUGGUCAUUUCAUGUGGAAAAUAAUCUGCUGUUUCAACUCACUGGAAACUGUUUUUGUAAUGUUAGUACAUGGAACUCAAGAUUCUCAGGACAAGGUUGAAAAUAGGAAUAUUAUACAAACAGAAUUCCAUGAGCACAUCUUUAUUUCUUUCUUUUUCUAAUUGAAAAAUAGUCAAAUCCAUUAUACAUUCGCAAGCAACACAAUUAAAAGGAGUGUGGUAGAUUAGAUUGUAAUAGUCAACUAAAUAAAAGGAAUAAAGAACUUUAAAAGAAAAAGAAAAAAGAAAUAGAGAGGAAGAAAUCAAGAAAAACUAAUGAAGAAAGAAAUUUACCGAAAUAAAAAAAAAAAAUUAAGAAAGAAAGAGGACUAGAUGAAAACUAUACAUGAGGCUUGUAAUAAACUAUACAAGGUAGAAGAAAUUUAGCAUGUGUGUGUGUGUGUAUAGAGAAGGAAAGAGUAAUGAACCUGGAAUUGUGACAAUAUCGGGUCUUUGUGAUUUUUCUGGGUUAUUAGUAUAUGAUGAGUACUCACUCUCUCUCUCGUCUAUUGUUCUUUUCUUUUCUUUUUUUUUCUUUUUUUUUUUUUUUUUUUCCCCUACCCGUCUCGAAACCUGGACUUGGUGUUAAAGACCCUAAGCCACCAACACAAAAGUAGAAUGAUCUCUGUCAUCUAUUUUCCUUCCAAUAAAUCUCAGAGUAUUACGAUUGUUCAACAAGGUCAAGAUUUAUUACUUUGUGUAGGCCAUGUCUCACCCCUAAAAUCUAUGCAUCUAUGAUAUAACUAAUAGAGCAUAUCAGUUUCUUUCAAGUCAACGAUCUUUUUCAACUUUUUUUAUGACUACCUUUGAUUCUUUGAACUUUUGAUUUGCUUUUACCUUUUACUGUAGUUGUUUUUAGAGAGAAUAAUAUGUAUAU